AUGCAAGGCGUGACGUCCAGAGAGACGCACUUCCGGGUCAACGUCGUCUCGGAAGCCUUCCGCGGAAAGAUGCAGCCGGCGAGACAUCGCAUGAUCUACUCGCUCAUGAGGGAUGAGAUGGCCAAGGAGGGUGGCAUCCAUGCGCUGCAGCUGCGCACCCGCACCCCGGAGGAGGAGCAGCGCGCCAUGUCGGCCGCUGUGACCUGUCGAUCAUAG